AUGGCGAGGGACGUCAACAGGGGCACCGAAGAUGACGGCCAUCCUCUGCCGCAACCGGCCCCUUCCCCGUCUCCGGCGGCCACGGAGGAGGGUACCGACAGGAGCAAGGCCAACAACAACCUCAGGGACAGGGUAUCCUUCUCGUCCUCGUCCUCCAGACCCCGCCCUUCGUGCUGGGGAAGCAUCAGGAUUCGUCGGAUUGGCCGGAUCCAGAGCAGGACCAGAACGGGCAGCGACGAGCAUGACACGCGCGCAAGCCUCGGCGACCGUGGCCGCUGCGCCUGCGGGUGCGGCGGCAAGGCAGGCGCAGCGGUCGGGCUGAGGUCCUCCUCCAGCGCAACGAUUUCUACUGCGACGAUUGCAACCCGCACAGGUAGAAGACGUUUUGAUGCUGCUACUCUCCUCUCUACUUUCUGGUUGCUGCUGCUCCAGAUUUUGCCCGGAUGGAUGUAUAUUUGA